AUGCUGAAUAUCUUGCUGUCCAUGGCCAAAGAAGGCUCUUCUGAGGGCGGCGGCGGCCAGUUUGCCCGUUAGUUUCAAUUAUUUGUUCGUUCCUAAGUCCAAAACUGAGAAUUACUCAUCGCCACUCAACUCGAAUUACAGGGACAAGCAGAGACACUCUCAUCAAUACAGCAUACAAACUACAUCGAACACGAUGUCGCAUUCUAGAACCUUACAGGUUUGUCUUUUUUCGAAAUUCAAACAUCUGAAAUGUAAAAGUGAGCCUGGCAGCUUCCCACUUGGAUUAUUAGCUAAGUAUUCGAGAAAAGCUCACGUCUCUUGAAUUUCUAGCUGUUUAGGAGACUGAAGAACGGACUGAAAGAGCUGCAAGACGAUUAUUUGAAGUCGAAAGAGGCUAACGCCUUGAUGCGAUACGUUAAAUUGGGCCAGAGCGUCAGAGAAGUAAGCUCUUUUUUGGAAAUUUUCUUUCAUCGAUUUCAUCAUAAUCGACAGCCAAGAUUUUCGUUGACGAUGUCAAAUCUGUAUCGAGAAUUGACCUGUGUGGCCCCAACAAGUCCCCUAUCGAAAACAGAGAAUAUUGCUUCGUUCAGAUCACAUUGCUCGAGAAACAAUACUGGAAGUUGUUAAACAUUCCACCGCAGGACGGAUCUGAAGAAGUGAUACCUUACGUUGAAAGGUCUGUACAAAACUUCGUUUAUUCCUUUCAAAAGCGAGUAACCCAAAAAAACUCCUGUCGAUUCUGAGGAGAAAACUCCGACAGUUUGGAUCACUCGAUUGAAGUUUACAGGAUAGCGAAUCUCCUGGAAGAGACGCCGAUAAGUCUGCCGCCGACACGAGGAAUCGGCGCUUUGUUGCAGUCCACGAUGGGAAAGCCCAGCGAGUCCAACUUCGACCAAACUCUCUAUGACUCCAUCAAAAGUUUGCCCCUUUUCUAGAUGUCAAGGAUUCCAAAAUGUUAGAGUUUCAAGACGAAAAUGGUCUCAAUACUCAAAGAAAUCAUCAUUUUCGAUUAGGACGAUGACUUGCCCUGAUAAACGACCAGAACUUAUCGAUAAGCAACAAGAAAUAAUCAUUUGCAGGUCGAAAAAACGACGAACUGGCGAAGGAUUGUGAAAUGCUUUACGGACAAGUUUAUAGGCUUAUUCGCAAAUAUCAAGGACUGAAGAGAUUGAUAAAGGUACCCUUCCACCAACAGUUCGAUUUCUAAACCUACAAUUAUCCGAAAAACAUUUCAAAAGUGAGUAACUACUCAACGUUUAGGAGCUGCACGACAGAUACGAAUCGACGCGACAUUUCCCCAUCGUGCCACGUUACGCCAUGCUCAAGAAGAUGAUCAAGUCGACGCUGAGAGCGCCGGAAUUCGCCGAGAUCUGCCACGAGCAGACCGAGUGA